AUGUCAGGUUUAAACGAUAACUCUUUAUUACCAACAAAUACAACCCCACCAGCCACCAAUACAGAAAAGGAUGAACAAUUACCAACAGCAUAUAAAGAAUUAGUAUCGACUGGUAGAGUUGAAAAAUUAAUUUUAAGCCCAACAUCAUUGUUAGAAAGACCAAGCACAUUACCACCCAAAACACAAGAAGAGAUUUUAAAGCAUCAAAAAGAGUAUGAAAAGAUUCAAUUAAAGGCAAAGAAAACAUUGGAAAAAGAAGAAAAAGAAAAACAAAGACUUGAUAGUCUUCGUAAAGAAAAGGAGAAAUCAUUAAUUGAAGCAAGAAAGAUUUGGGAGGAUGAAAUUAUACCAAAUUGGGAGAAGAAAAAGAAAGAUAUACGAAGAAUUAAAGAGAUUGCAUGGAGAGGCUUACCACCUGCUGUUAGAGGAAAGGUUUGGAAACUUUGUAUUGGGAACGAUCUUAGGGUCACCGACGAACUUUUUAAUAUAUUUUUAGGUCACGCCAAUAAUGCAUAUAAUAAAACCACAUCACCAGAAUUAAGAAAUGCAAACUAUAAUAAUAACAAUAAUAGAAACCAAAAUAUAGAUUUAAGACAGGCCCACAAUUCAAUUCAGCACACUAGAUCACCAAUGAAUAUGUCGUCCGAUGGUAUAGGGGGCGAUGAUGUAUUGGAUUUAGAAACUACCAAUAUGAAUUUAAUUUUACAGGAUAUUCAAGAUACAUUCCCACAGUUAAUGAUUUUUCAAAAAAAUGGUCCAUUGCAUAGCGAUUUAAUCGAUGUUUUGGGUGCAUACAUUUGCUACCGUCCAGAUAUUGGUUAUGUACCAGGUAUGACAUUUUUAGCAGCAAUGUUCCUUUUAAAUAUGGAUAAAGUCGAAGCCUUUAUUUGUUUAACCAACCAUGUCAACAGUGUUUGUUUUCUUCCAUUCUUUAGACAAGAUCCAUCUGGAAUUCCAAAAUAUCUAAAUGCUAUGGAUUCAACGGUCGAAGCUUUAGUUCCAUCGCUUCAUAAACACUUUAAAGAGAUUGGUAUAUCUGCAAAGAACUAUUUAUCGGAUUGGAUUACAACUCUAUUCUCUAAGGCCUUACCAUUAGAUAUAGCGACCCGUAUUUGGGAUUUGGUUUUCAUUGAAGGUGAGAUUUUCAUCUAUAGAACUGCUCUCUCAAUUCUUCGUUACUUUAUCUCUGACUUACAGGUUGCCAACUAUGAUGAAUGUAUAGAUUUAUUCAACAGAUUACCUCAAAGAAAAAUUUCAGAAGAAAAAUUAUUUGAUGAAAUUCAUUCAAUAAUUUUAGAUCAAAAAAAAUUUGACAAGUUAUUAGAAAAAUAA